AUGUUGUUAACUAAUGUUUUGUCAAAGUAUUUACAAUCAAGUUCAAUAAUUUAUAGUAAUGUACAGUCAAUGGCAAAAGAAACAAUACAAGAAUUAUGCAAUAUGCGGUGUGAAGAAAGUUUUAACAACACUUGGAAUGAAGUAGACAUUUUAAGAAAACAAUAUAAUGUUUCUUCUCCUUUUCUUCCCAGAAAGCAAGGAAUACCAGCUAAACUUGGUGGUGGAUUGAAAGAGGUUGAAAAUACUACCAUAAAUAAACAUUAUAAAAUAAAUAUUUAUUUUGCUGUACUGGAUAAUAUUAUAAAUGACAUGGGUGAAAGGUUUGAAGAAAAUAAUUUAUAUGUUUUAAAUUGUAUGCAAGACAUACUUUUAAAUGAUAUGCCAAAUAAUAAUUCUUUUAAAUAA